UAUGUUUAUAUUUCUUUAAGGUGUCUUUUUGGUGGCGUUUUGGGGAACCUCAUUUAUCCAAACACAGCUCGUAAAUCCUACUGUUGAGUCCAAAGAAGUUACCGAUGCUAAUUGGAAGAUAGCCAUCGAUUUAUACAAGAAAUUAGCCGAAACUUUUAAAGAAAAGAGUAUUUUCUUCUCCCCUCAAUGCGUUACAACUUCACUCAUGCUUCUCCACGCUGGAGCUAGAGGAGAGACAGCGACACAAAUAUUCGCGGCCCUAGGGUUUCCUAACGAGAUUAACCACAAGCAUCAUGAUGCGCAGGAUAUGUUAUUCAAAAAUAUUUCCAACGAUUCUAGAAAUAUGUUUUCUUUGGUUAAAGCUUUGUUCUUACAAGAAGGCUUAAAAGUGGAACCAGAAUUUCAAAAUAUAGCCACCCAAUAUUAUCAAGCGAAAAUUGAAAUGAUGGAUUUCAGUAAAGACCCUAAGGAAUCAAGAGAGAUGGCCAAUAAAUGGAUUGCUACUCAAACGAAAAGCCAAAUAAUGAAUUUGAUCUUUAAGGAUGUCACUAUAUACACAAAAUUUAUAUUGGCUUCGGCUAUGGAAUUUCAGGCAAAAUGGAAUCGUUUGAUCUCUCCAAAAUAUACUACUUUAAAAGUAUUCAAUGGUAUAAGUGGGCCAACCAAACCCAUUCCAAUGAUGACAUUCAGUGGAAAUAUGUUUUAUUUUGUUGAUCCUCUCAGCAAAGCACAAGUUAUAGAGGUGCCUUAUCUGGGAGAUAAUGUUGGAGCUUAUGUAAUCUUACCAAGCGCUGGAUCGAGCAUUAUGGAUUUGGAGAACAGAUUGGCCGCAAUGGGAACCAGAGCUAUGCUUACUAACUUAAGCCCCAUGAACAACGUCAAAGUUAUCUUACCAAAAUUAGCGUUUAACUUGACUUAUGAUUUGGCACCCCAAUUAAAGGACAUGGGAAUGACAUACAUGUUCGACAAAAAUAAGGCCAACUUUUCGGGAAUGGUAUCGGGGCCUUGGUUACCUUUAGACAACUUUUACCAUCAAUCAAGAACGAAUUUCCAAGAUGAAGGAUAUUUAUUGGGUCCAGAUAUUAUGGUGCCUCAGGGACCAUUAAAUAUCCCCCCACAGAUUUUCGAGGCUAACAGACCAUUUUUAUUUUGCGUUAUUUCUAAAAUGACCCAAGUUCCUCUAUUUAUUGGACGAUAUAUGGGAGAAUAG